CCCAGAAGAAACGCACCUCAGUGUAGGUAUACCAAGUAGUGCGUGGACGUCUCGGACAGCAGCCUUGAUGAUAUGAGUUUGUAUUCGGGUUUAAGAGUUAGUUGAAGACAUUUAUCGCUCGUGAACUACAUCCGGCUCCAGAACUGACCCAUUUGACAAGAGGAGCUAACAGUUAUCGUAAUCUGCGCAUUCCUGGAGUUGACUGGCUGUCGAGUUGGCAGAGAUGUUUCAGAUAAAGAGGAUCUGCUGCAUUGGUGCUGGGUACGUAGGGGGCCCCACAUGCAGCAUUAUCGCCCACAUGUGUCCGGAGAUCACGGUGACCGUCGUGGACAUCAACGAGUCCCGCAUCAAAGCCUGGAACUCGGACACUCUGCCCAUUUAUGAGCCGGGUCUGAAGGAUGUGGUUGAGUCAUGCAGGGGGAGAAAUCUGUUUUUCUCUACGGACAUUGACUCCGCCAUCAAGGACGCAGACCUCGUCUUUAUCUCUGUCAACACCCCAACCAAGACCUUCGGGAUGGGGAAGGGUCGUGCGGCGGACUUGAAGUAUAUUGAGGCGUGCGCUCGGAGGAUCGUGGAGGUGUCCGACGGUUACAAGAUAGUCACAGAGAAGAGCACAGUACCGGUCCGAGCUGCCGAGAGCAUUAGACGGAUAUUUGAUGCCAACACCAAGCCAAGUCUGAACCUGCAGUUGCUGUCCAACCCAGAAUUCCUUGCAGAAGGAACAGCGGUGCAGGAUCUGACGAAGCCGGACCGCGUCCUGAUCGGCGGAGACGAAACGCCCGAAGGUCAAAGGGCAAUCCGAGCGCUGUGUGCCGUCUACGAGCGCUGGGUGCCGAAGGAUCGCAUCAUUACCACCAACACGUGGUCAUCCGAGCUGUCGAAACUGGCAGCCAAUGCAUUUCUGGCACAGCGGAUCAGCAGCAUCAACAGCAUCAGCGCCCUCUGUGAGGCCACCGGGGCCGACGUGGAGGAGGUCGCCAAGGCCGUCGGGAUGGACCAGAGGAUCGGCAGCAAGUUCCUCAAAGCCAGCAUCGGUUUUGGUGGAAGCUGCUUCCAGAAGGACGUGCUGAAUUUGGUUUACCUGUGCGAGGCCCUCAACCUGCCGGAGGUAGCCUCCUACUGGCAGCAGGUGAUCGACAUGAAUGAGUACCAACGUCGGCGGUUCGCCUGCAGGAUCAUCGACUGCCUCUUCAACACCGUUACCGGGAAGAAGAUCGCUCUGCUGGGCUUCUCCUUCAAAAAAGACACAGGCGACACGAGGGAGUCGUCCAGUAUCUACAUCUCCAAGUAUCUGAUGGAUGAGGGAGCCAAGCUGUUCAUCUACGACCCCAAAGUCCUCAAGGACCAAAUCAUUUAUGACCUCUCCCAGCCCAACAUCUCAGAGGACAACCCGGGAAGAGUGUCGGAGUUGGUGACCGUGACCUCCGACCCUUACGAGGCCUGCCAGAGUGCACACGCAUUGGUCAUCUGCACCGAGUGGGACAUGUUCAAGGAGCUGGACUAUGAGAAGAUCUACAAGAAGAUGCUGAAGCCGGCCUUCAUAUUCGACGGCCGCAGAGUGCUGGACCACCUCCACGCUCACCUUCAGAACAUCGGCUUCCAGAUCGAGACCAUCGGUAAGAAAGUGACGGCGAAGCGAAUCCCCUACACCCCGGCAGCCGUUGGUCCCCGCACCGCUACCAGUGAAACUCCAGCCAAGAAAGCCAAAGUCUAGAGCGCACCCACAUUCCUCUCAACCUUUUUAUUGCUGGUGUAACCUGUUACUUAAAAACACCCAUGCUGCCCUCAGGAUCAGAGGGCACUGAGAAACUGCUGUCCUGCAGAAGGUCUGAGAGGACCAACUGUGUGAAUGUGAUGGUCAUUGGAAGAAAUCACAAAUAGCAUUUAUCAACCAAAUAUUUUUGAUGCACACGCAAGUCUUUCUUGCAGUAUUUACUCUAUAAUCAUGUAUUGUUGCGUCGUUGCAACAAAAAGAUAUUUUUAUAAAUCAUCUUACUGUAUGUCAGUGUUUGUCCUUUUGUAUCAGUGACUUUUUACUUAACGAUGCAAUAAAACAUGACGCCUGUC